GCUGCAAUAAAUAAAACUAAAACAGCGCACACCUUCGCAUACGAAUAUAUUCAAUUUAACAAACCGGUCCUCCACUAUACAUAUAUUCUACAAAAACCUUAAGCCUUUCAUUAUAGAUCAGAAAAUUUGAAGCCGGAGAAAAUGGCGAUAGGGAGCUUAGCUAGACGAAAGGCCACAACAAUUUUAUCUUCUAGAUAUCUCUAUAGUACAUCCAAAUAUUCAUUUUCUCUAAGCAGAAAUUACUCUUCGGGAUCUGAUGAAAAUGAUGUCGUUGUUAUCGGCGGUGGACCCGGCGGCUAUGUGGCGGCGAUUAAAGCUGCACAACUUGGGCUCAAAACUACUUGUAUUGAGAAACGGGGUACCCUUGGUGGUACCUGUCUCAAUGUCGGUUGUAUUCCUUCUAAGGCACUUCUUCAUUCCUCCCACAUGUACCAUGAAGCUCAACAUUCAUUUGCUAGUCAUGGCGUGAAGUUCUCUUCUGUUGAGGUAGAUCUUCCUGCCAUGAUGGGCCAAAAAGAUAAAGCUGUGGCUAACUUAACACGAGGUAUUGAGGGUCUAUUCAAGAAGAACAAAGUAAACUAUGUUAAGGGCUACGGCAAAUUCCUGUCUCCUUCUGAAGUUUCUGUUGACACUGUGGAAGGUGGUAAUACUGUUGUUAAGGGGAAGAAUAUUAUAAUUGCGACUGGUUCUGAUGUCAAAAGUCUACCUGGUCUAACCAUUGAUGAGAAGAGAAUUGUAUCUUCCACUGGAGCUUUAGCUUUGACCGAAGUUCCAAAAAAAUUGGUUGUUAUUGGUGCUGGCUACAUAGGCCUUGAAAUGGGAUCUGUCUGGGGCCGUCUUGGCUCAGAGGUGACUGUUGUUGAAUUUGGACCUGAUAUUGUUCCAUCCAUGGAUGGUGAAGUUCGCAAGCAAUUCCAACGUUCUCUUGAGAAGCAAAAGAUGAAGUUCAUACUUAAAACUAAGGUGGUGUCAGUUGAGACUGUUGGCGAUGGUGUGAAGUUGACCCUUGAACCUGCAGCUGGUGGUGAUCAAACUACUCUUGAGGCUGAUGUUGUUCUUGUUUCUGCUGGUAGGAUUCCAUUCACUUCUGGGCUUGGAUUGGACAAGAUAGGGGUUGAAACUGACAAGGCUGGUCGAAUCCUGGUCAAUGAACGUUUUGCAACUAAUGUCCCGGGGGUACACGCGAUUGGUGAUGUCAUUCCUGGGCCAAUGCUGGCUCACAAGGCAGAGGAGGAUGGUGUUGCUUGUGUAGAAUUCAUUGCUGGCAAAGAGGGUCAUGUGGACUACGAUUUGGUUCCUGGUGUUGUUUACACGCACCCAGAGGUGGCUUCUGUUGGGAAAACCGAAGAACAAGUUAAGGCACUUGGAGUUGAUUAUCGCGUAGGCAAAUUUCCUUUCCUUGCAAACAGUAGGGCCAAGGCAAUUGAUGAUGCUGAGGGAAUUGUAAAGGUACUUGCUGAGAAGGAGACCGACAAGAUCUUGGGUGUCCAUAUUAUGUCACCAAAUGCAGGAGAGCUUAUUCACGAGGCUGUCCUGGCUUUGCAUUAUGGAGCAUCAAGUGAGGACAUUGCUCGAACAUGCCAUGCACAUCCAACAAUGAGUGAGGCUCUGAAAGAAGCAGCCAUGGCCACUUACGACAAGCCCAUUCACAUAUAAAAAUAGUGUCAUAUCCUUGUUUUUGUUUUUCCUCCGAGUAUCUUGGAUACUUGGAGCAGAUUUUCUAAUUGCCACCUCAUCACUCAAGUAUAUCUUGAACAGAAAUUUCCUUCCUCUUCUCUCUUAAUUUAUUAUCCAAAGUACUUCCAACUUAAUGUUUCUGUUCUGCAUAUUCAUAUCUGUAAUAAAGUCAGGAGCUGUAUGUCGAGUUUAAAUGCCAUUAAUUUGAGUUUCAUUGAGUUUUGAUCA